AUGGAUUUGUCGGCAAGACAAAAGAGGAGACGGAAAAAUGCCUUUGGUGCCACAUCUCCACCUUUUAUCGACUAUUUAAAAGAUAUUCUGCGCAGAUAUCCUGAUGGAGGUCAAAUACUGAAGGAGCUGAUACAGAAUGCUGAUGAUGCUGGUGCUACAGAGGUAGUGUUCAUCCAUGAUGACAGAGCCUAUGGAACCCAGACCCUUUGGACUGAAGACCUGGAGAAAUACCAGGGUCCUGCCCUCUAUGCCUACAACGAUGCAGAGUUCAUGGAGGAAGACUGGGAAGGCAUACAGACCACAGGGAGGAGCGUGAAACGCAACGAUCCAAACAAAGUGGGCCGGUUUGGAAUCGGAUUCAACUCCAUCUAUCAUGUUACAGAUUUACCAUGCAUAUUCAGUGGCAAAUACCUUGGCAUGCUGGACCCACAGGAGACGAUAUUUGGAGAGCGAGAGGGAGGCAUGCGCUGGUCUCUUGACGAUGAGGAAGACAGGGAAGCACUGCUGAGGCUGAGCGAUCAGGUCCAGCCGUUUCGAGACGUGCUCGGAUAUGUCAGUGACCAAUGUUGGGAAGAUGCCGUUGGCGAAGGCAAAAAGUUCAGCGGAACCCUCUUUCGCUUUCCUUUACGUAAUGAGCCAUCUGAGAUUUCAGACAACAUGUAUGAUUCUGACAGAGUGGUUCAGCUCUUUAACAGCUUCAUUGCUGAUGCAGACAUGAGCCUGCUUUUCCUGAGAAAGGUUUCAUCAGUCUCCUUAAUUCAUAUCAGUACAAAUGGCUCAGUCAAUGUCAGGCAUAAAGCAUCCGCAUCAAGCCUUACGGUUAAUGAAUCUUUUCAUUCAAGAGAAAUGCUGACUGUGGAGGGCUUCACACAUUUAAAAAACAUAUCCUCCGACUGUCCAAGCAAAGGCAAAACAGACGUCCAGUGGCUUAUAACAACAUGCUGUAUGAAAGAAGGGCAGGUGCCAGAACUGGACGCGCUAGCCAAGAAACAAAGCUUUCGACCCCAAGUUGACCUGGCAUUCCCAUUAGACCAGGAGAGGUCUCUGACUGAUGGAAGAUUGAGCUGCUUUCUGCCCCUUCCAAAUAAUGAAACCAACAGCACUGGGCUCCCCGUCCGUGUUAAUGCCUGCUUCGGCCUCACAGACAACAGGAGGCACAUCAAAUGGCGGGAGGAGGACCAGAGAUUUGAUGAAGCUGCUGUCUGGAAUGAGUUGCUCAUUAAGGAGGUUUUCCCUUGUGCAUACCACAUGAUCAUCCUGGACGCCAUUCGCUUUUCUCAAGUCUACGACUUUCCUUCCUCCUCCGUGUACUGUCUUUGGCCUGACCUUGACCAAAUGAAACACAAGGAGAGAUGGCAUGGUGUUGCUAUGGAAAUGCUGCAGCAAUUUCUCCUGCUGAAUGAAUCUGUCUUUUCUCUGGCUGUGGAUGCAGAUGAAUGGGUGACGCUGUCAGAAGCUGUGUUCUUGCCUGAUGACAGCAUGGAGCCGCAGAUGAAGAAUGCGGUGUCGAGUGUUUUGAUAGCACUGGGGGAAAAACUGGUGUCCAUUCCCAGUCAUGUAUCAAGAGACAUCCAGACUACUGUUGAAAGUCCCGAAACCUUAAGAAGAACAACCCCUGAUUUUGUUCGAAAUGUCUUCCGCAAAAAUGGAAAUUUAAAUCUCUCCAGGGAGGACAAGCUCUUGAUUUUGGAGUACAUGCUCAGUGAUGGAAAAUACCGUGAGCUCUGGGAGCUGCAGCUUCUACCUCUUAGCAAUGGGACCUUCAAGACAUUCACAAAUGAAGAUCACAAUCUGGCCUUCAUCGACAAUGAGCAGUUCCCACAUGAGUUGCUUCCAGGCAUGAAAGAAGUAUUCUUACCCAGAGAUCUCCGAAGUAACACUCUGAUCCACCUGAGGAAACUGGCAGCAACAAGUACAUACAAUAAAAUUAUCGAGAUGGAUUCAGAAAUGGUGGCUAAAUAUGCCAUAAAAAGUCUUCCUGAAGACUGGAAGAAGACACAAGGUCAUGUGACUUGGCAGGUGGGAAAUGGUCAACACCCUCCUAUGCAGUGGCUAAAAGAUUUCUGGAAAUAUCUCAACACAAAUUGGAGAGAGCUAAGCAGCUUUGUUGGCAUGCCAUUAAUCCCUCUUCAACCUCUGUUGGAUUCCACCAGUUCUGUAAUUCUUGUAAAGCUGCAACGGAACACGACUCUAGUGUUUCAUAAAAGCGAUCAGGACAGCUUAUCGGAACAAAUUGCAAAGGUGGUGAGAAAAGUGGGUGGUACCAUCAUACAGAGAGACACCUUUCCUGAUCAUAGGGAUCUUAAGACCUAUGUAUUAACUCCCUCCCCAAGGAACAUACUACAACUGUUCCUGAACUUGGAGAAGCAUCAAGUCAUCCAUGGAAUUGAGUCUGCUUCACCCAUGGAAAAGGAAGAAUUGAAAUUGUGUCUCUCUUCACUGGAUUCUCUCACACCAGCAGAGAAAGGCCUUCUCUCGGAGUUGCCCCUAUUCCGUUCAAUGGCUUCUCUAAAAUCCAAAACUGGACAAUACAUUUCUGUUAAGUCAAAGCAGGCAGUUGUUCUGAAUUCAGUUCUAUUGUUCCCAGAAACUCUUCUUAUGACUGAUGUAGUUGUGCAGUGUGCAAACGAAGCAGACCGUAGGCUCCUUACAUUGCUCAAGACUGACCUCCUUAAUGCAGCUCAGGCAGCCACACUUUUGGUCAAUGGAAUUGAGAAGAGACUAUACAAAAGGAAAGAGUCAGACCAAAUAAUGACCUGGAUAUUACAACAUGGUAGCGUCCUUUUUGCACAGGACCAGGCAUUGUAUGAAAAAUGUAUACAUUUGAGCUUCAUUGACUUGAAAACAGGAGAUCUCAAAAAAGCAUCAGAUUUAUUUGAUCCUAACAACAAAACAUUCAAAGCCCUGUUUGAGCCGGAAUUCUUUCCUCCCACGGCCUUAAGAAGUAAUCCCCAGAUGUUGGACACUUUGAGACAUCUUGGGAUGAAGACAGAUGAAAAUACCAUCACUGCUAAUGAUGCCCUUCAUGUGGCCAAGCACAUUGCAAGGUUGCAGGUGCAGUCUCUGCAAAAGGCUUCAGAAAAAGCAGAGGCCCUGAUGAAACUUUUGAAUGACACCCACGUGCUUUCAAAGUUCUCGGUUCAACAGCUUAGUGAGCUACUGGGAACCCAGUGGAUUCCUUGCAACAUUCCAGAUGCUGUGAAUGGACACCAAAGUAUAAACAAAAAGCCAAGAAUGUUCAAGCCAAAGGAGGUACGGCACUCAAAGUACUUCAAUAUUGUGAGUCAUGUCAUGCCUCUUACUGAGAAACUGAAUGAGAAGGUUAGUGAAAAGCUUGGUCUGCUAAGCUCACCUCCGCCUGAGAAAGUGUUUGAUAAUCUUUCUGCUCUGAAAGCAAGCGUAUCUGGAAUGCACAAUCCAGAUAUCGAUUUAAACUUCAAAGUGAAGUUGCACAGCAUUUACAAAUUCAUGCAAGAUAACAUUGCUCAAUUCAGAGGCACAGUGAAUAAGAAAAAUGUACCUUGGCUCUGGAUUCACAAUCAAUUUGUGCCUCCUUGUGAUGUAGUAUUGAACUCUCCACCAGGAUUAGAUCUUAGCUCCUAUAUCAAAAAGGUACCAGAAGAAUUUCUGGCGUACAGAGACUUGCUAACUGAGUUUGGAGUGAGAGCAUCAGUGUCAGAUGAAGAAAUUGAGGGGAUGCUGCAUAGCAUGAAACAACACAUUGACAGAAAAUUGCCAUCUUAUGGAACUCAGUCUGAACUGAAAGUAGCCAUUGCCAUUCUGAACUGGAUGAGGAAAGGGCAGAAAAGCAUUAAGGACAAUCUCCCCAUACCAGUCAUGGUAGAAAAUGGACUAUUUAACCUGCAGAAAUUAUCUUCCACUGUGUUUUGUGACAUCUCCAGGGAUGGUUUGGAAGACCUCAGGAAAGACGAGGAGGAGUUCUAUGUAAUACAUGGAGAGAUACCAGGAGCUACAGUUGACUGGUUGAAAAUUCCCUCCCUCAGCACUCGAAUCCUAAACCCAGAAUUCAUUGGCAUAGAGCAAUGUGGCCAGACAGAACCAAUAACCCUAAGGAUCAAAAACAUACUGAAAGAGUAUGAUGAGGAAAAGGACCUCUUCAAAGAGCUUAUACAGAAUGCAGAAGAUGCUCGCGCAACCACAUGUAAAUUCAUGCUCGAUUUCAGAAAGCACAAAAAUCCCCCUAACAGCCUUAUAGACCAAGAUAUGUCUCUCUGCCAGGGUCCUUGUCUCUGGGCAUACAAUGAUAAACUUUUCACAGAAGAAGAUUGGGUAAACAUUACCAAAGUUGGAUCUGCUUCCAAAGAAACAAAAGUAGAAAAAAUUGGGAAGUUUGGGCUUGGUUUCAAUUCUGUUUAUCACAUGACGGAUAUUCCCUCUGUCCUCAGUGGUAAGAAUCUCCUGAUACUCGAUCCAAAUGUGACUCAUCUGAAGAAGCAUAUAGAAAGUAAAGCAUGUCCUGGGAUCAAACUCGACUUAUUCCAGGAACGUCUUUUUCACAGCUUUCCUGGACAGUUCAAGCCCUAUCAAGGGAUCUUUGACUGUGAUUUAUCAAGAGACAGUGCUCACAAAUUCUUCGAGGGAACACUCAUUAAAUUGCCUUUCCGGACACAGAAAGAGGCUCUGUCAUCAGAGGUCAGCGACAAGGUUUUUGAAGGAGAUGAUAUUGGUGCUUUUGAACAACAUUUGACUCAUAAUUCAGGGGAAAUUAUGCUGUUUUUGAGAAACAUAAGCAAAGUGUCUCUUGAGAUUCUACCUGAAAAUUCUAGUACUCCCCCAUGUGCUGAACAAGUAAACACUCUCUUCACAGUCACCAGAAAAGUUGUGUGCACGAUGCGUGUCCCAGAUGACACUCCUCUGAAAACAAGGCAGAGUGAUUCUUUAAAAGUUUUGUUGAAAAUUGAUGCAAAAUUUGAACAUGUCACUGACGGCCUCUCUGCAAACAUCAUUGAAGUGACAACAAACUACCAGAAUGUAUCUGAUGUCAGCUACUGGCUUGUGAAUUCCUGCUUUGGAAUGCAAACAUCAUUAGACAUGUUCCAGAAAGAAAGUAAACAGAGGUUUCCUUUGCCAGUCGGAAGCAUUGCCGUGCCUCUUCAAAAAGAUCCAAAAGGGGGAAACUGGUUAGCUGAAAAGCAUGAUUCAGUUGGCCAGGUGUUCUGUUUCCUCCCACUCUCGAUUCAGUCUGGUCUUCCAGUUAAUAUCAAUGGAUUCUUUGCUGUGACGUCUAACAGGAAGGGCCUUUGGGAUACUGGAGUGAAACAUGAAUGGAACAAGGCUUUGCUUCAAGAUGCGGUCACAGGGUCGUACAUUUUCACACUUUCUGUGUUGAAGGAAAUGUCAAAAAAGGGAGAACUCCAGGGGUACCAUUACUACAUGUUCUGGCCUGACAAAAAGAAAGUGAGCACAUCUUUUCAAUCUCUCACUGUUGCUUUUUACUCUGCCAUUGCUCACAAUGUUUCUGGCAAGGCUCCUGAACUCUUCAGUGAUGGGAAAAGCUGGUGCUCUAUUGAGAAGGCCAGAUUUUUACACCAAAAUAUAGAACAGAACAAGAAAGUGGGAAAGAUUGCAAUGAAAGAGUUCAUGGCAAAUCAAGGGAAACCUUACCUCGCUAUUCCCCUUCCAGAUUGGGUGAGAUAUAACUUCAGCCAGACAGGCUUUAGCAAAAUUGUUGCGGCAAGGACAUUGGACUGGGCUGAAUUCUAUAAAGACAUAGUAUUUAGCAACCUGAGUUCCAUGGAUCCUCGGAGCAGGGAUGCUCUUGUACUGCAUGCCAUUGACAUGAAUGACAAAGCAAUAGAUGACCUCCUGAAAAGCCACCCUUGCAUCCCAGCCAUUGGUUGUGAAGAGCUUCAGUUCAUUAGGAGGCUUGUGAACCCUUCAGGAAAAGUAGCCUGUCUGUAUGAUCCAGAAGAAGGACGCUUUCUUGAAGGAACAGCUGAGGAUUUUUGCACUCCAAAACGAAUCCAGCGGUUGUCAGAACUUGGAAUGUUGAGUGAUUUUCUUUCACUGGAGGACAUCAAAGAGAGAGCAGAAACUAUUAGCAGGAUUUGGCAAACAAAUGCAAAGGAAGCAUACAAGCGUGUUAGGCGAAUCUUGGAUCUAACAAGAGAACACUUAAAUGAUGAGACUUCUCCUCAUUGGAAUUCACUGAGAAACACUGCCUUCAUUCCAGCCUGUCCACCAAAAACCCCUGAGCAUGACAAAAGUACUGGUAGUCCACUUGCAAAGCCCACUGAAGUGUACAGUUCCAGUUGUCGAUAUCUGGUAAACAUGACACAAACUACAGUAGACCAAGCAGUUCUGGAAUCACACCAUGUCCCAGUCCUCUGUAAAUUGGGGGUUCUUGAAAAUCCACCCCUCCUGACAGUGCUUCAGCAGCUAGAGAAUGCACAGCUACAUUUCAAUGCAUUGGAUGGAGAUAUGCAUUCCAACAUUGCUUAUGAAUGCUAUGGCUACUUGGAUGAAUUGACAAAGGAACAGACUCAGUCAGGGGUCAUUUUUGAGAUGGCUCAAUCAUUUCCAUUUGUCCUAAUUGAGGGCAAAUUUGUGAAUGUGAAAUCUGUGGCUAGGACAGAAAGCUUUGAAGCUAAACCAUACCUCUACUACCUUCCAGAUGUCUUCUCUAAAUUCAGAAACCUUUGGCAAUGUGUUGGGCUUCAGGAGUAUUUCACUUCAGAUCAGUUAUUGGGGGUUCUUCAGGAAUUGAGUACUAAAUAUCACUGCAGACCACUUUCCAAGUGUGAUCUUAACCUCAGUCUCAGAAUUGCAGAGAGAUUGUAUGAAGCAGAAGAUAAUAAACCACAAGACUGUCUCUUGCCUGAUCAAAAUGGUGUGUUAUGUCCCUCACACAAGCUCUGCUACAAUGACAGCCCUUGGAUGCCAGUCUCAAAAGAUGUCACUUUGUGUCAUGAAUUACUUCCUCGGAGUAUUGUACUUCACUUUGGGGUUAAAACAACAAGACACAACACUCUGCAAAAUCACCGUGUUGCAGGCUUUUCACCCAUGGUCAAAGAGUUUGGACAACAUGAGAAACUGACAGUCCGGAUUAAGAACAUCAUACAAGCUUACCCAUCGAAGAAGGAUAUUCUGAAAGAGCUCAUACAAAAUGCUGAUGAUGCUCAGGCCACAGAGAUUCACUUUGUUUGGGACAAAAGGAAGCACAACACCAAAAAAACCUUUGGUGAUACAUGGAAUCCACUGCAAGGUCCAGCGUUGUGUGUGUACAACAACAAGGUGUUUUCAGAUGCAGAUCUGGAGGGAAUUCAACGACUAGGUGAAGGUGGAAAACAUGGGGUGCAAGGAAAAACUGGAAAGUAUGGACUGGGGUUUAACUCAGUUUACCAUCUGACUGACUGUCCUUCAAUUCUGACAGGAGGCAAAUGGCUCUGCAUAUCUGACCCAAAUCUGCAAUAUAUACAACAUGGAACCGAGCUAUUACCAGGUUGUAUGUAUUCACUAGAAAAGGAAUUCAAAGACUCUUUCAGUGAUGUGUAUGACACAUUCCUUCCCUCAAAUUUCAAACUUGAGGAAGGGACUAUGCUUAGGUUACCACUAAGGACAGAAAAAAUGGCUGAAAUGUCACAGAUAUCAAAAAACACAAUAGACGAUUUGGAUAUAGAAGAACUUUCAAGUGCAUUUAAGGAAGAUCCUGAAGGACUGAUCCUCUUUUUGAGGCACAUUAGGAAAAUACAGUUUCAUGAAAUGACACUUGAUGGCCAGAUCAAAACCACAAUCUCAGCAGAGAUAAAGCUCUCCAGAGAAUGUGAUGUGAAGAAAGUUCAUUUUCAAAAUCAUAUUCAAAAGUCACUAGAUUCAGGUGGGCCAAUUGAAUCACUGCAAACCAUCUACAAAAUGGAUAUUUCGUCAUCCAUCAAAAAGCACAGUGAGUGGAUUGUGGCAGAGCAGUUUGGCUUCAUGAAUGAAAACACUGAUGAGCAGUCUAGCCGAAGAGUUCCUCAGGCUGCUGUGGCAGCUUGUUUGAAAUCAGAAACUUUACAGCCGUUUACUGGUAGGGUCUUCUGUUCCCUCCCUUUACCAAGUAGCACUGGACUUCCAGUGCACAUCAAUGGAAACUUUGAGGUGGACUCUUCCAGAAGGGACCUGUGGAAAGAAGAUGGUAAGAGCAGUAAGUCCGAUUGGAAUGAAUCCCUGAAGUUAGACAUCAUUGCCCCCUUGUAUGCUGACCUUUUAAACAACAUGUGUGCCUCCGGUAAGAAAAUCAGGUCUUCUCUAAAUUGCCUGCAGCAACGCUUGGAUUACUUUUUUCUAAGCUUUUUUCCUGAAGUUACAGACCGCGUCGGACAUGAGUGGCACGGAAUGGUCGAUGCAGUGUUCAAGUCAAUCAAUGAAAGGGAUCUCUGUGUAAUUCCCAUUCUAAGCAGUUCAAAUCAGAAGUCCAAAAAAAUGUACACUGUCACCUGGACUAGUGUCAACAAAGGAGAACCAACCGAUGCACCUCAUUUCAUUCUGAACCACAGUGACAAGAGCUUUGUUAAUACCUUAGAAGACAUUGGUAUGAAUCUAGUCCCAUUCUCAUAUCGAAUGAUUAAAAUAUAUGCCAGUUUCAACAGAGCACAUGUCAAAGUAAGGUCAGUCAGUCCAAUGACAGUAAUAAACUUCCUGAAGAGGAAACCGUUGAAUGAUCCAGCAAUGACAGAAAAUGAUUUACCCCUGCCUAUUAGCCGUACUUUGAUCAAAGACAAACGCAGAUGUAAAAAGCUUCUGAAUUACUGCUUGAAGGACAUUGAUAAGAACAACUGCAACACCAUGUGUGGUCUGCCUCUUCUCCUUACUCAAGAUCAGAUGCUGAGGUAUUUUCAUACUGACUCCCCAAGGCUCUUUACAGAAUUCUGUGAACUGUUUCAAGGACACAAGGCAGACUUUGCUGAUUAUGAAGUCAAUGGAAUGCACAUUGGUGCUCUUCAGCAAGGUAACUUUCUCAAGGCAAUGACCAUCCCUACCUCAGCAAUGUAUCUGAAACCCAUUCUUGAGGGCCUCCUUCAGAACUGUAAAGUUGAUCCGGAAUGCAAGCUGUAUGUUCCAGGAAAGAUAGUGAGCACAUGGCUCCAGCAGCUUUGGGAUUUCUUUAAGGAUCAAAUUAAAUCAGCUGAGGUGAAAGACAGUAAGGACAACCAGGCCUUUCUUGACAUCAAGGAACUGUUUAGUGAUUCUCCAGUUGUUCCAGUAAUAUGCUCAAGUCAAAAUGGCAAACGUUUUCUGAAAACAAUGGGGACACUUUGCAAUGUUGUCUCCAAUCCAAUAUUUUCAUCAAUGGUGCAUGAAAUACUGUGCAAACUUGGAUUCAUGACUUUAGACUCAUGUGUUUUCUCAAAUAUUGAGCUUUCACAGCAUGUUACUCCAGAACUGUUAGAUCCAAAUGACAGCAGUGCUGUUCUAGAGCAACUCUGUCUGUCGCAGCAGACUCUGUUUAAACGGAUUGCUGAUACAGACUUGGAUGAUCUUCUACACUUCUUUCAGGCAGGACUAUGCUCUAGACAAAAUACUCAAGACUACAAAAGAAAGCUCAGGUCACUUCCACUGUUUGAAACUAUACAAGGGAGGCGGCAAUGUAUUGAUGGGCAUAGGAAUGUGUUCAUCUUGAAUACACACUUAAAACAAAGCUUUCCAGAUUUGUACGCCAUUGACAAGAACACACUUUUUCUCAAAAACAGUACUGUGAAUUUAUUGCUGUCAAAAAAAUUGGACAUCACAGUCCUGGAUGAUCUAGGGUACUAUGUAAAGUUCAUCCUACCCUCUGUGUGCACAUUCAAUGAUACCCUGAUUCUCAAUGCAUUCCUGAUGCUUCUGGAAAUAAGACGAUAUCCAGACUUUGAUGAUUACAAAGAUACAAUUAUCUCCACAAUGAAAUGUGUCCGAUUCAUCCGGGAUGUCUUUGGGAAUCUUCAGAUGGCCUCAUACUUCUAUGAUGAUAAGCAAAAGCUUUAUCAGGUCAUGCUCCCAAAAGAGCGGUUUGUUCCAGAAGAGUUUUGGAAAAUCAUUGGAUGUGAACAGACAAUUUUCAGGACUGUUGAACUGUUGAAGGAACUAGGACUAAAACAUGUUGUGUCAGAUGAUGAAAUGAUUGAGUUUGCACACAAAAUUGAAUCUGACACCAAAGGGAAUAUGUCCCUGGAGAGGCUGAAACAAAAAUCUGAAUGUUUAUUUGAAAGCCUUUUAAAUAGGGACAACACAAACUCAGAUAUUUUGAAAAGAAUAUCGACCAUAAAAUUUGUUGUUCCACUUGAAAUUCAGCAAGACCUCUGUGAGUAUCACCAGCCUUUUGCUGGAAAGAGGGAAUUUGUGGCAAUUAAAGGUUCUCUCAUUGAGAAAGACCCACUCAACCAAUUUCUGAUUUGGACCUCAGUGCCAAUAUUGCCUUCAGGAAAAUGUGUUUCGAAGCAAAUAAAUAUUUUAAAGGAGGCAGGAGCACUUGAUGAGCCUUACCCGCAGCAUGUAACUGGAAACCUGAUGAACAUCUGCCAAGCUGCAUGCAGUACCACUGAAAACGUUAACACCAGAGCUAAAGUUUUUCGUCAGUCCUAUGGAUUUCUCCAGGCUGUGGAUUUCAAUGCCCAACCUCUGAUUGAUCUCCCUGUGGUACUGGUUGAAAAAGAUGCUGAACUUGUAAAGCCCAAACAAACAGUUAUGAUACUUCAUAAUCACACCAAGUUCAGACCCUAUUUAUUCAAACUACCUCCAGAUCUUGUUAAAUAUGAAGAAUUCUUUAAGAAGAUAGGUGUCAGAGAUAGAGCAUCUACCCAGCAGUACAGCACUAUUCUCCAGGAUAUUUAUCGGGACUGCAUCGGCAAAAAAGAAAUGAAUCCAAACCAGAAAGAAACAUGCAGAUGGACUGUUCAACAGCUUUUCCACCUUAUCGAGACUGGAAAAGAAAACUCACUGGAGAUUGCUCAGCCACUUUAUCUUCCAGCAAGAGAUGGUAGAUUGUAUGAAUCAAGUUGUCUUUAUUUUAAUGACACUUAUUUCUCGGUUAGCAGGUUUGAGCAUUCUGUAAAAAAGAAACUAAAACUGCUUGGAAGAGUUCAGAAAUCCGAGGUUCAAAAUCAUUGGCAUGAUGCCUAUGCAUUUCAGAAACUGCUACAGCGGUUACCCAACAGUGUUCGUCCAAAAAUGUUGUCUGAAGUUACUACCCAGGCUUUAGUGGAAUCCAGCAUGCAUCCUUGUGAAUAUGGGGAAUGCUGUGAAUUCAGUGGUUGGUUCAAGAACCGAUUGACUUCUGGCUCCUUUAAACAUGGCCUUGUCUGCCUCCUAAGGGAACAGAGCUGUGGUUCCUUAUCUCAAAGUGAUGUUGAUGCCAUGUGCCAGAACUUCCAAAGAAUGAAGUUAAUCUGCUGUGAGUACCUUGAAACAAUCAUUCUUCUGCAUCAAGAGCCAUUGGACAACACAACAGAUGAAACACAGAUUUAUGUGAAGUGGGAACAAGAGAGUUGCACAUUUUAUCUAAAACACAGUGAUAGCAUGAGCCCAAAAGUAAUGAUGAAUGUUGCGAAAGGUCUAGCCAAUGAAAUCAAUGCCCUUUUAAAAAAUUCUCUGAAUGUAAAGUCACUCUCAGUUCUUGAGGAACUGCUGAUGUGUGAAAACAUGGAAGAUGUACAGAGAUUAUUAGAGAAAAAUAAAAUCCGUAACAUUGCAAAUACAGACUAUGGACAAAGUAGAUUGCCAGACCCCGGGACUCUCAUUCCUGAGGAGUGGAUCGAUGUCCUUGACAUGAAUUUUCUCAAUAACUUUGAAAUGGAAGAAUACGUUGGGUUCAGGAAUCCAUCAUCUGAGUAUGUCUAUGCAGUUGUUAUGGAGCGGGUGAACAUGCCAUCAAACCAAGGAGGGCCGUGUUCCCAGAAAUACAAAAUUAAAAUUGGGGAACAAGAGAUAAUUGAAGUAAGCGCUCUUGAUCUGUAUCAGUUCAAAAGGGGAAAAAGGUCUUCCUCAACUGGUGGGAGCUGCAUGUCUCUUGUUCCGUCACAGGGUUCAGGGCAGUCUGACCCACCACCUGUCCUACCACAGUCCAUGGAGGAGGUGCAAAGUGAAAUUGACAAAUUCCUUCAGGAGAUCUGGACACUGCCAGAGGAGGAGAGGCGUAAAGGUAUCCGACGUCUGUAUCUCAGGUGGCAUCCAGACAAAAACCCAGAUUGCCUUGACCUUGCCACUGAAGCCUGCAAAUAUUUGCAAAAGAAGAUUGAGGAACUAGAAAGGGGGGGAAGGGGGGGACACAACCAUUCCAGACCUGGUCAAGGAGACUCUCAAUGGAGUUCAGCCUUCAGAGACUUCUUCCGGGAGUGGGACCAGGAAGCCUCUCGGCAUCGGAGGGGACGGGAGGGAUUUAGCCAACGCUAUUCUUCCAGAGAACACAACUUCUGGACAUUCCAUGAGGGUAGAAGACCAAACCCAGAGGAAGCUCGGCGUUGGCAGAGGCAGGCAAAGUGUGACCUAACUGCAGCCUACAAUGAUGCUGGGGGAACAUCCACAGAGUGGUGUUUAUUCAAAGUACACCAAGCUGUGGAGAAAUCCCUUUUUGGAGCAGAGUACAAGAACACUGGGCAUCAUCCCACCGACCAAACCAUUACCAGCCUUGCCCGGAAACUGUCGCGAGUCAGUCCCAAACUGAACACUUUGCCUAACAUGGUGCACACGUUGAAGCAGCUGGGCGUGGAUGCCAAGAAAACCCAGUAUCCAAACUACCAUACUUCACCGGGUAUUCCCAAUGACCAAUUCAACUCUUGGAAUUUAACAGAGGUGCUGGACUUGUCAUCUGAGAUCUUAACUAAAAUAGAUUCCUACAUUCAUGAAUGAAUUCAGGUUAUGUAAAUAUGAGACAAAACAGUUGUGACAGAAGAAACACAGCUUUAUGUGAAGUGGGAACAAGAGGGUUGCACAUUCUAUUUAAAACACAAUGAAGACAUGACCAAAAGACUGAUCUUUAAUACUGGGAAAGGUUCAACCAAAGAAAUCAGUGCCCUUCUAGAAAAUGCUCUGAAAGCAAAGUCACUCCCAGUUCUUCAGGAACUAGUGAUGGAAGAUGCAGACAAAACGUGAGAGGCAAAUAGAAUCCGUAACAUUGCAAAUACAGACUAUCAACAAUAUAGAUUGCCAGACCCAGGGCACCCCAGGAGUGCAUCGGUUUCCUUUCAUGAAUUUUCUCAAUAACUUUGAAAUGGAAGAAUAAAUUGGC